ACCAGAGAGCGAACGAGAUUUCCCCUUCCUCAUCCUCUUUUCUGCACAUUCAGAAACACCACAACAUCUCCCCCAAAUACUAUCCGGCGACAAUCUUCUAUUCUGUAGAAGAUUCUAUCGCGGCAGGAUCAGUCCUUCGAUACCUUUCCGGUUUUCGAUCUUAAUAAUCUCGCCUGCGCCCGUUUCGACGAUUUGCAGCGACACACUCCUUCAAUCCCCAUCCCCGAAAAAAAAAGAGAGGCGCCUCGCAGGUUCCAAUCUUGCUCGCCCAGGUAGCGAUUUAUUUCGACUCCCUUUGCUCUCCACUCCUCCGCACACCGUCUCCGCGACACGCCUUAAUAGAACAGAUCAGGUCUGAGAUCCGGUCGCCCUUCUGCGAAGGAUAUCCCGCAUCGUCUUGCUCGUCGCGAUACGUCAUACAAACCUUUCUACCAACGCACACGAGGUCACCUUCGAAACAUCUCACCCUAUGACUUCUGUCCCUCAACAAACCCAAACCCCAAAUCAGCCCUCCUCGAUCAGCAGCGCGUCGCAAUCGACUUUGUCGUACGCUUCCACCGCAAAGAAGGCCGUCUCGUCGCCACCGAUCGCGACGGGUUCGUCUUCAACUCCCUCUCCCGUCGUGGCUGUCGGAGGUGCUGCGCCGGUACAGCAACAACAUGGAAAGUCGAAUUCGAUCUCGCCGGUGAACGGCAAGCCUUCGGUCUCUCCAGCUGUACCGGCAGUUUCUGCACCUGCUAUCGCGCAUAGCAGCUCUGCAAUCAAUGGUUCGAGCGAACACAGCCGCAAGAGUUCAGUCACAAUUUCAGCGAACGGUAUGAAUGGUGGCCCAGUCGGUGGAGCGAAGAACAAUAUCCAAUUUGGAUCUAUUCAUGACUCUCCGAAGGUCUCUCACAGCACUCCUGAAAGCGCACAGCCUGCUGCUUCGGCCCCGAUUCCAAUCUCGAACCCAAGAGUUACCGACCCUUCGCAUUCGCCAACUCCAAUCCCAGCUCCAUCUGCGAGCGGUGGACGACCUCCAUCUGGUUUGGGACAGGGCGGAAACGGUGUCGCGUUUGGCAGCUUUGGUGGCGACGGAGAGCGUCACAUUCGUCACCCAUCUGGUUCGCAAGGCAAUCUUGCACCUGGCAACCAGCAAUCAGGACAUCUUCGCCAACCUUCGCAACCUACGCAAGGUGAGAUGAAUAACCAAUCCAGUCCUGCUCAGGGACGUGGUGGCUUCCAGCAAGCUGGUCGUGGACGAGGUGGCCCCUAUAAUCAGAACUACCAGCAGCAACCGAUGAGCGGCUUCCCUCCCUCGAACCCACAAUAUCGAGCUCAGAAUCAGAGUCGCGGCAAUGCUAUGGCACCUCCCUUCCAAGGUCAACCUCGACCAAUGCAGCAAUUCCCAAACUCGCCUCAGCCUGCACGAAGUCCCGCUCUUGCUCCUGCGAUGCCUGGCACACCGAACUCGAACCCAGCUAUGCCAAUGCAAAACCAAUACGGAGCUUACCCACCACACACGCAAUACAUGCAAACCCCCAAUUCAUACUACGGACAGCCAGCAUUCGAUGGCCGCAUGCAAAUGCAAGGCGCUCCUUUCAUGUAUCCUCAAAUGGCAAACAUGGGCUACAUGACUUCUGGUCCCCCACAAUCACCACAACCCAGCUUCCAGAUGCCAAACAACUACCAGCAAACAUAUGUUCCAGGCCAAUAUGCUCCUCAAGCACAGCCUAUGUCCAGGAAUUCUUCUCAAAUGUCUGAACAGCGACCAGCCUCGAGCAUGGGAGGACAGCCACAGACACCUUCCAUGACUCCGUCAAUCUCUCACACGAACACUCCUCAGCCCAAGGGUGCUGCAACUCCUUCUUCUAACGCCUUCUCUAGACCGGCCAGAAAGAGUGCUGCGAUCACUAUCAGACGACCUGACGGUGAAGCACUCGACGUUGAGAGCAUCAAGGCACCUGCCUCUCCUGCUCCAAGUGCUAGUGCAAGAACUCGCACACCUCCAAUCGCGAUGUCCUCCACCCCGACUCCUCCACCAAAGUCCUCAACCCCUCAACAUAUCCGAACUGAUAGCAGCAGCAUCAGCACGAAGAGCUCGGAGGAGAGAAAGGCUGAGAUGUUGGAGAAGGUCAAGAAGGAAGCCGAAAAGGCUGCCGCAGAGAAAGACGCUGCAGAGAAGGAGGUUGCCAAAGCUGCCGAGGCCAAGCUGAAGGAGGAAGAAAAGGCACGAGAAGAAGCCAAGGCUAAGGAAGAAGCAGAAGCCAAGGCAAAGGAAGAGGCUGAGGCUAAGGCUGCUGCUGAGAAGGCCAAGCAGGAGGAAGAGGAAGAGUUCGAACGCCAGAUCCGAGAAAUGGAAGAGGCUGAAGCCGCCCGUGAGAAGAAGGAAGCUGAAAUGCUAGCCAAGCGUGCUGCAGAGAAGGCCGCCGCUGAAGAGGCUAAUAAAGAGAAGCGGAAGGCCGAGGCUGAAGAGAAUGACCGCAAGCUCCGAGAAGCCGAACGUGAGAUGGAACGCCUCGAGGAUGAGCGUGAAAAGAAGCGUCUUGAAGCUGAGGCUAAGGCUGAUGAGAAGACUGCCAAGCCAGAGCCAAAGGAGGAGGAAAAGAAUGCUCCCAAUACCCCGAGCACUUUGGCAUCGAAGCUCUCCAACCUCACUCUGGGAACAGACAGUGGUGCAUCGACUCCAGCAUCUGAUGACUCCAUGGGUCCACCUCCCAAGAUCAACGCUUCUGAGAAACGUGGCAAGCCUGCUGCUCUCAAUCUUGCUCCUCUCAACACCAAGCCUGUUGAGCCACCGCAACCGAGCGCCGCUCUUCAAUCUUUGAAGUCAGCUCGCUUCCUCACGGUUCUCAACUCCUCGAUUUACCCGCCAAAUAUCAGCUCUCCCAAUCCUGCGCUCAACACUGCUGUCACAACCAAGGGCAAGAGCUUCAAGUACGACAAAGAGUUCUUGUUGCAAUUCCAGAAGGUUUUCACCGAGAAGCCAUCAAUGGAAUUCGAGUCUCAAAUCAAGGCUCUCAUUGGCGAUGGUGACGGAGGUUCAGCUAGAACCGGCUCGACGAGAACACCAGGUGGUAUGGGUCCAAGACAAAAUUCCACCCGCAACAACCCACCCGGAGCAUUUGCCAUGGGUUCUUUCGGUGCCGGCGCACCUGGCAAGACUCUUCCUCCCGGAACCACCUCCGAGAUGCGUUUCCAAAUGGCCAAUGGCACAAUGGCUCGACCUCCCAUCAAUCCCAUGGCCUCUUUCAACCGCCCAGGAGGCGCUGGAUUCCCUGGCAGCAAUCCUAUGCAGCGAACUCCGUCUAGUUCAAACAUGAACAACGUUCCUCAUUCUCCGCGCCAACAAAGCAGACGCGGUGGCGGUAGCAAGCGCGAGUACCAAGGUACCAAUUCCAAAGCUGAGGCCCAAGCCGCAAAGACAAUGCCUCUCACUGCCGGUAUGGAACUCAAGCCCAUCAAGGUCUCUGAGACUGGCUGGAAGCCCCGCAGCAUCGGCGCCUCCCAGUCGGCUACUGGCGCUGCUGGCCCUACUCCUGGUGCGCAAGGUGGAACUGGUCACAUGGAACCUGACAUGGUCCAGCGGAAGGUCAAGGCUGCUCUGAAUAAGAUGACUCCUGAGAAAUUCGACAAGAUCGCGGAUCAAAUCCUCGCAAUUGCAGCACAAUCGAAGGACGAGGCUGACGGACGUACUCUGCGUCAAGUCAUUCAACUCACUUUCGAGAAGGCUACUGACGAGGCUCAUUGGGCUUCUAUGUAUGCUAAAUUCUGCAAGCGCAUGUUGGAGACAAUGAGUCCCGACAUCAAGGAUGAGAGCAUCUUGGACAAGAAUGGAAACAUCGUCUCUGGUGGUAAUCUCUUCAGAAAGUACCUACUGAAUAGAUGUCAAGAGGAAUUCGAGCGUGGCUGGAAGAUGGAUCUGCCAGACAAGCCGGAAGGUGAGCGCGGUGAGGAGAAGACCGAGGAGGCAGUCAUGCUCUCUGAUGAGUACUACAUUGCCGCUGCCGCCAAGCGUCGUGGUCUUGGUCUUGUCCAAUUCAUUGGUGAGCUUUACAAGUUGAGCAUGCUUACAGAGCGUAUCAUGCACGAGUGUGUGAAGAAGCUCGUCGACUACACCGGCAUUCCUGAUGAGGCUGAGAUCGAGUCAUUGACGAAGCUUCUGAGAACAAUCGGUGCCAACCUCGACAGCACCGAAAAGGGCAAGCCAAUGAUGGAUGUCUACUUCCAACGCAUCCAGACCAUGAUCGACACUCCUGAACUCCCAAGUCGGCUGAGAUUCAUGCUCAUGGACAUCAUCGACCUGCGAAGAAAGCAUUGGGUUUCCAAGGAGACCAACAAGGGUCCGAAGACACUCGAAGAAGUCCGAGCAGAGGCUGAGGCUCAAGCCGCCCAAAAGGCUGCUGAGAACGCCCGAGGUAGUCAACGCGGCGGUGGCGGUGGUGGACGCAUGCAAAUGGGUCGUGGUGACUCGAGAAAUUUCUCGAACCAGUACGGCAAUCAACCACCACCAGACUACCAGAAGAACACUGUUGGCAUGGAUGAUCUCCGUCGUCUUACCAACAAGAACACCAACCGCGCCUCGAGUCAGCAAAUGUCUUUUGGCCCCACAUCCAUGUUCUCAUCACGUAGCAAUAGUGGACGAAAGAUGGGUCCUGGUGGUUCGUUGAGCAGAGGAGGCGAAGACUCUGGAGCUUCAUCAAGAACUGGCACACCACCUCAACAGAAGGAAAAGGAGUCAGCCACUUCCGCAAAUGCAUUCAGUCUACUAGCAGGAUUGGGAUCUGGCGACCAUGGAGAUCCAACGUCACCACCUUCUACGUCCGUCUCUCCGGCUUUGUCUAAGGCAACACCUGCAAACGCAGACAAGCCUGAUGACAAGAACGAGAACGGUUCAUGAUCAUCCGAUGACAUGCACAAAAGUGUUUUCGAAAGCAUCAUAAUCUCUGUGCAUAGACCGGCGGGCUAAU